CAAUAAUAAAAUAUUUUAGUUAACCCAUUCUAUUAUCAUCUUGACCUCGCGUAACGAAACUGGCAAAUAAGAUAAUAUAUAAAGUAAAAUGGCACAUUACAACUAUUCCGUGAUUAAACGUUUGAAGACACGGUAGCUUUAACAGUCCAGCCAAUCGACUUGGGAAAACUUUAGCAAUGUAUUCGUCAAUAUUGAUUCUUAGUUUUAUUGUUGUGGGCAAUUUGUCUUUGUGUGAUGCAAAUUUUGAAAGGAACUUUAAGCCGCCCUUAAACAGCAAUAAGAUACCAGAUGAUGUAAAUAAUAUAAAUAUUGGAAAUGCAGGGAGGAAUAGGAGACCCAAUGAUUAUACUACUCGUGGUCAAUCACAGACUGGUACACUGACCAACAAAUUCGGCGAAGAUAUUACGUACACUUCUAGCCAAAACCCCGGACCAAAUCGUGAAGAACUUCCGUCGCCAAAUCCAACUUCGUACAAUGCCUAUUUAAAGCAGUUACAAGAACAACAACGAGAAAAACAACGACUUGAACAAAAACGACAACAACAACAGCAACAACUAGAACAACAACAACUACUUGAACAUCAACAACUAGAACAACAACGAGAACAACAACAGUGGCGAGAAAAACAACAACAAGCACAACGACAAAUACCAAAUUAUGCAGAGAGGCAGCCGUCAGCAUGGAUGCUGGAGCAGCAAGCUGCAAACGAGUUAUUAUUGAGAAGGUUGCUGAAUUUAUCCGAACAAUUACAAGAAAUUGUAACUCAAUUAAUUCAAAACCAAAACCUACCAUAAAACUUAAACCUUAAUGAUUUAUUUCUAUUAAUUAUAAUAAGCAUGUUAUUAUUAAUAUUUUUGUACUAUGUGACGUACU